CUUUUUUUUUUUUUUCUUCCCUUGACAGCUGCAAAUCAAAAAGAACCCCUGACUCCUAAAUUUAAAGUGAAAGAGGAGCCUAAGGAUGAAGAAACUGCAAGUUCAACCUUAUCUCAGUCCAGCUACAUGUUCAGCCAUGGAUCUGAAGCCUCAGCCCCAAGUGUUCCCGAGGAAAAAUUCAAGACACAGGAAGCUCAGACAAAUGUGAUGAGGCAGGACAUGUCAGUCAAGGCUGCAUCUGAGCUCCUCAUGAAGCUAUCAGCUGAGAGUUAUAAAGAAACCCAGAUGGUAAAGAUAAAAGAAGAACCAAUGGAAGUUGACAUUCAUGAUUCACAGGCUUCAGUGUCACCUAGCCAACCCAACCAAAAUGUUGGCUACAGCACUUUAUUAGGGCGAGAGAUUAGUGAACACAUACAGAAGGCACCAGAAGGUCGUGUGCUCCCAGAAAGAAAUCUAUUCAGCCAGGAUAUAUCAGUGAAGAUGGCAUCCGAGUUGCUCUUCCAGUUAUCAGAAAAGGUGAGCAAAGAGCACAAUCACAAUAAAGAUAACACCAUCAGAACUACAACCAGCCCUUUCUUUUCUGAGGACACAUUUAGACAAUCACCGUUCACUUCCAAUUCAAAAGAUCUGCUCCCUAAUGAAACAACUCUUCAUGGAAGGACAUCUGCACCAGAAACAGAAAAACUAGGGCUGGAGGCAGGAAAUGGAUUGCCAUCUUGGAAAUUUAGCGACCAGCUCUUUCCCUGUGACGUGUGCGGAAAAGUGUUUGGCCGACAGCAGACUUUGUCCCGACAUCUCUCGCUGCACACAGAAGAGAGAAAAUACAAAUGCCACUUGUGCCCCUAUGCUGCUAAGUGCCGUGCUAACCUGAACCAGCACCUGACCGUCCAUUCUGUGAAGCUGGUGAGUACAGACACUGAGGACAUUGUCAGCGCUGUCACUUCUGAAGGCAGUGACGGAAAGAAGCACCCUUAUUAUUACAGCUGUCAUGUGUGUGGGUUUGAGACAGAGAUGAAUGUCCAGUUUGUCAGUCAUAUGUCCCUCCAUGUGGAUAAAGAGCAGUGGAUGUUCUCGAUUUGCUGCACAGCAUGCGAUUUUGUCACCAUGGAAGAGGCAGAUAUGAAGGCUCAUGUCAACAGCAAGCACACAGUUGAAGACAGGAAGAUACCCAGUGAAUCUAACAGCCCAUCUUCGUCGUCUUUGUCAGCACUGAGCGAUUCUGCCAACAGCAAAGAAGACGCAGAUCUAACCCAAAAAAACAAGGGUUCAAGCAACCUGCUAGUCAUUUCCGUAGUGCCUGGUAGUCAGACUUCACUGAACACCGAAGAGAAGUCAGAGAAAGGCUUUGAAUGUGUUUUCUGUAACUUUGUCUGCAAAACAAAAAACAUGUUUGAGCGUCAUCUGCAAAUCCACCUGAUCACCCGGAUGUUCGAGUGUGAUGUGUGCCACAAGUUCAUGAAGACACCUGAGCAAUUAUUGGAGCACAAGAAGUGCCACACUGUCCCCACCGGUGGGCUCAAGUGCCCAUUCUGCAUCUACUCCACAAACCGCCCCGCAGCGAUGGAGUGCCACCUGAAGACUCACUACAAGAUGGAGUACAAGUGUCGGAUCUGCCAGACCGUGAAGGCAAACCAGCUGGAGCUGGAGAUGCACAUCCGGGAACACCGCCUUGGCAACCAUUACAAGUGCGACCAGUGUGGCUACCUGUCCAAGACUGCCAACAAGCUGAUUGAGCACGUGCGUGUCCACACCGGCGAGCGCCCUUUUCACUGUGACCAGUGCAGCUACAGCUGCAAACGCAAAGACAAUCUCAACUUGCACAAGAAACUGAAGCAUGCUCCACGCCAGACUUUCAGCUGCGAUGAGUGCCUGUUCAAGACUACCCACCCUUUUGUCUUCAGCCGCCAUGUGAAGAAGCACCAGACUGGGGACUGCUCCGAAGAGGAGAAGAAGGGCCAGUAUUCAACCUCCAAGGAAGCCAGUCCACUCCUCCCAGUGAACAGCUCCAGGAACCUCCUGUCCCCCCUCUCCGUUAUGUCUGCCUCCCAAGCGCUGCAAACAGUGGCUAUGUCAGCUGCUCACAGCAGCGGGACAGAGCCAAACUUGGCAAUGAAGGCCUUGGCCAUCAACGGCACUUCCCUGUGCUUUGAUAAAUAUUGGAACUCUGAGUUUGCCCACCUUAUUCCCUUAACAAUGUUCUUCCCCAAAAACCACUAUGAUCUCACAUUCCAUCCACCCAGACCUCAGACUGCACCAGGAGGUGCCUCUUCACCGAAACACUCCUUCCUUGCCUACCUUGGGUUAACAGAAAGGGCAGAAACUGUCUGAGGGCAGUUACAUUCUGUACCAAAAAUCCCCCGGUGCGCCCCGCAGGUAUGCAGUGCUGCAAAAUGUAGACCCGAGCAGUAACGAACACUUGUACUAUAUAUCUCAUUAGUAAGGUGUAG